GUGUUUUGAGAUUAGAAUAAGAAACUAUUCACGACGGCAAAUUCUGUAUUGCGACAUGUCGAAAAAGAAAUCGGGAUGAUAUGCGGCACAACUGAGCAAUACUUCAUGUUAUUUAGUUGUUAAAAGAGAAACUGACACACCAGGCGUUUACCCACGGUUUUGUCUAACGUUAGUGACCCUAACCCCCCAAAAAGCGAUGCUGGUCACCGUUUUCUGCGCGCCGAGGGAUCACCCAGAGACCACCUUCGCCCUCGAUGUGUCCCCGGAGCUGGAGCUGAGAGACUUUAUAGCACUUUGUGAACUGGAAUCGGGAAUCCCAGCUGGGGAAAUUCAGAUUACAAUUGCAGAACAGACCCUAAAAGACCAUACCCGUGCCUUGGGGACCUAUGGUCUUAAGGAUGGAGAUGUUGUGGUUCUCAGGCAAGCUGACAGAAGGCCACCACCAACCCAGCCAGCCUUCCCAGGUCUCCCUCAUAUUGAUUUUCGUUCCAUCACAAUUCCCGGCACAUCUUCUUCAACUAGUCAACGUGUCGCAGUAAGGCCUCAACAGCAACAGACUUCGCCGCCACCGCCGCCGCCGCCGCAGCAGCAGCAACCGCGCUCCGCACAGCCGUCGACGCCAACGGCCUUUCGUGGGUCCUCUCCUCCGGGGCUGGAUGACCCUGCCUUACUCCAGCAGAUGCUAUUGUCCAAUCCGCAUGAGCUUUCACUCCUCAAGGAGCGAAACCCACCACUUGCUGAGGCUCUGCUGAGUGGAGAUUUGGAGCGUUUCACCAAAGUGCUGCUGGAGCAACAGCAGGAUCGAGCUAAGAGAGAGCAAGAGAGGAUCAGACUUCUGACUGCUGAUCCUUUUGAUUUGGAUGCCCAAGCAAAGAUUGAGGAGGACAUCAGGCAACACAAUGUGGAAGAAAACAUGACGAUUGCAAUGGAGGAGGCUCCAGAAAGCUUUGGGCAGGUGGUGAUGCUCUACAUUAACUGCAAGGUCAAUGGGCACCCUGUAAAGGCUUUUGUUGACUCAGGAGCCCAGAUGACUAUCAUGAGCCAAGCGUGUGCUGAGCGCUGUAACAUUAUGCGGCUGGUGGACCGUCGCUGGGCAGGAAUUGCCAAGGGAGUGGGCACCCAGAAGAUCAUUGGCAGGGUUCAUUUGGCUCAGGUCCAAAUAGAGGGUGACUUCCUCCCGUGUUCUUUCUCCAUCUUGGAGGACCAGCCAAUGGACAUGCUGCUUGGCCUGGAUAUGCUGAAGAGACAUCAGUGUUCGAUCGACCUGAAGAAGAACUUGCUACUAAUAGGCACCACAGGCACCGAGACUCGCUUCCUGUCUGAGGCAGAGCUGCCAGAGUGUGCCCGACUGGCAUACGGACCAGAGGGGCGGGAAGACACCCGUACGGACGAGGUAGCUGACAGAGAACUGGCCGAGGCUCUUCAGAGGUCAAUACAUGAAAGCGACACUGCAGAUGGAAAAACUACCUCGCCGCAGCCCCCACCAUUUACAUUACCCAGAACCUUAGACCAAACGUCCUCAUCCACCUCCCAAUCCCAAGGCCCUUCCUAUAGUCACCCCCAAUCUCUGGUUCCCUCUCGAUCGGACCCGGCCACCAUGGAGCAUGCUUUGGCCCCGAAGCUGUGCCGUGACCAACCCGGCCUCCAGGGAUUUCCACAGCCUUCUUCCUCAGCAGAGGAUGACUGUUUUGCACCUAUUCAGGUCCACUCUCGCCCUCUCUCUGUGCACACUGACUCCAAAGUGCGCCCUGUGCCCAGUCCGCCUACAGACGUCCCCGAUACAUGUUCCCCUCCUGCAAACCCGGCCACAGAGUAUCUGGGGAGUGAGGCUCAGCCCGGCCACGCAGAGGGGAAUAUUGAAUCAGAGAAGGUGAUUAACAACCCCGCGCGCGCCCAUCCCAAGGAACUUUCCCCCAUCCAACCCAUGGAGCACGAGCCUAUGGAGUCGCACGCUGCAGAAGCGCAUCUGAGUGUUCUCAGCCAACCGGACUCUGUUGAAAUGGAGUCCCCCACUGCCUCCCAGGGCGUGAUGUCCCCCGAGAGGGACCAGCCUGAGGGAGAGCACCACUCCGACACCGUCCCGUCGUUGGCGGCUGCUCUGAUGGAGCUUCACGAGCUCCUGGUAUCCAACCACUGUGCUCAGUCCCAAAACCGCAGUAUGUCCUGCUCCCCCUCACAUCCAUUGAAACAGGAAACGGAGGAAGUGGCCCCAGGGCCACUACCCCCCUCCCACGGAAGCACCCAGUGGAUCCCCUUUUCUGCCAUCUUACCCAGUGCGGAACCAAACAAUGCCAAAGCCAACCAUGCAGCUGCUGUGUCUGAUGAGGGACCAUCUAAGUGUCUCGUGCCUGACCUCUCUGGAAAGGAUGAGCCUCUGGGCGGGGCGGCGGCAGAGACUGUGGAGGGACGUGGAUGUUCAGGCGGCUCCGUCAAGAGGAGGGCAGAUGAUGCAAAUUACAUCAGCCGUUUAGAGUCUGAGCCCGAGGUCCCGCCUGACCCUACAAGGGACCUGGAGUUUAGGGAACCUCCUGAGGGGCAGCAGGGAAGAGGGGUUGCAGAUGGACGGGCCUCUGGCACAAACACGCCGGAUACCCUUGGCCUCCAGACUGCGGACCCUUUUCUCAGCCCCCUGUCUAUGGCAGUGGGCUCACCCACCUCUUGCCCUCCAACUGCUCAGGCUGCCCAGCUUGCAUCUCCAGCCCCUCCUUCUCCCCAUCCCUUUAUAGAACAAUUUCCAGCCGAGGAUGUCCAGAGAAUCCAGGCGGCAGGGUUUUCUGCCAGGGAGGCUGCAGAGGCACUGGAACGAGCCCGUGGGGUUGUGGAGCUGGCUCUGCUGGCACUACUAGCCCGCAGUAUCACUGUGCCCACCAGGACUCAUAACUAGUCAUGCAAGUCCCCAGCCUCCCAACUCGGGAUCUGUCUUAUUUAUACCUUGUUACUCGACCGGCUGUCUCAGACCCUUCUCAGCAGGGAGCAUGUAUAAACACAGGGAAAUGCUGUCACUUGGGCUUGUCGUACAGAAUAUCCAAAAACAAGAAGGGACAACUGGUCAUUUGUUUCUGGAUGUUGCAGAUAUGUGAGGUGUGUUUGCAUGCAGAUGUUUUGGGUGGCUACCCAUUUCAUUGGUUUUUAGAGAUUUGGUAUGGUAGAUUGAUUAUUUCUUACUUGUUUUGUUGUCCAAUUUUGACACGAUAUUAAAUGCUCAAUGUAUGAUUGAUUAUUUAGCCAUUGAACAUUAUUAUAAUUUCACCUUUAAUUUGUGUCAUAAAACUUUUGUUGUCUAAGUUGUGGAGCAUGAAUAAAACAAUUGUACAAGUGGAGUAGUGUUAGCCCAACUCAGAGUAACACUAGUGAUCUACAGGUGAUCCUGCAAACGUAUGGAUAUUUGAAACAAUAUUCUGAUGAAUAAAGCGCCAUGUUGAUUUCUAGCCCCUUAGUGAUGAUGGAAAAGCUACCUUGUAACUGCAACAGUUUAGAAGGGCUAACUUUACAAAUCAUUUCUCCAGAUAAGUGGAAGCCACCCUUUUCUGCGGCAUUAUCACAUCCAAAUAUCAAUAUAGCAAUGAGGGCGUUUGUUGACGUAUGUUCAGAGAUGGUAUUUGUAUUACAGAAGGUUUCUUGUAUUGUAUUAAUUAUUUUCCACACUUCAACAGUUUUCAAUGUGUAGUUACAAAACAGUUUGUAGCUCCUGUUGAGAAAGUCAUUUUUAUUUUUGUGUCAAAUUAUCGGUUUAUGUUCGUACCUUGAAAUCAUCCAUAUUCCUUUUGUAAUCUGUUAUAAUACUGCCAUGUCACAACAUCAUAUAUCAAGGAUUUUAAUGGUUUUAUUUGAGCAAUUUACCGACAAUGUUCAGGCGAUUGAAUAUCUACUUUUCUCUUGUAUGAAAGUUUAAAUUUCAAAUAAAAGAACUAGUAUUUGUA